AUGGUUCAGGUCAGUGGAUUAGUACACCAAAACGGCCACAUCGAGGCGACGUUGUGCGGCGGAGGAGAGAAGACGAAAGUGGCGGUGAAGAAUGUGGCGGUCAAUGCUGUAGCGGUCAAGGCUGUGGCGGCCGUGAAGAAUGAGGCGGAUCCAUUGAACUGGGGUGCUGCGGCGGAGCAGAUGAAAGGGAGCCACUUGGAUGAAGUGAAGAGAAUGGUUGAGGAGUAUCGGAGACCAGUGGUGAAUCUCGGAGGAAAGACUCUGACCAUCGGACAAGUCGCGGCCAUCUCCACCAUCGGCGGCGAUGUUAAGGUGGAGCUAGCGGAGGCUUCGAGAGCCGGCGUGAAAGCUAGUAGCGAUUGGGUUAUGGAGAGUAUGAAGAAAGGCACUGACAGUUACGGUGUCACCGUUAGCUUUGGAGGUACUUCUGACCAGAGACCACAAAACGACGUCGCACUCCAAAGGGAACUCAUUAGUCCGCACGAUUUCCAUCUCACCACCAAUCCGAUGUCGAACACGGCGGAGGACCGACUACAACAUGAUUAUUCCCCGUUUUCUACUUCGACGAACUCCGUCUCAGCUAUUUCGAGUGCUCCUCAAUGGUUUCACGAUGGAUCUCUCCGUCAUCGAUGCCGCCGCUUCGUCGACUCUUCCCUCUCCGAGGUCGAGGCUGGCGAAGAAGAUAAAGAAGGAGUUGCCGAUGAGAAUAAUGAUGUAGAUAAACUACUAAGAGUUUACAAUUUGGUUGAAGAAGAAGAAGAAGAAGAAGAGUCCUCUGAGUCUGUAAAAAGAAGAAGCAAAACGGGGGAUCGUCAGUUAAAGAUUCUGAUGAAUACUAUCCGAAGCCUGCCAAGGAUUAUUACUUGA